AUGGUACACAGCAUGGUCAUGCUGGUAUUUAUUUACAGCACAUGCCUAUUGUUGGUGGAGAGAGUUGAAGCCGCCGAUCCCGAUCCUCUGGUCGACUUUUCAGCAAACGCAAUUACACCAGUAUUCCGCAACAUCUUUGCCAAUGGAGAUGUAACUACUGGAUCUGGAGGCGUUCGAGCAGCUCUCGACAUCGGAAAAUUCCGAGGCCUCACGUCGGAGGGUCUGACAGUUGUUCAGUUCAAAAUGAUUCCAUGUGGAGAGAACCUACCACAUACCCACCCACGUGCUACAGAGCUCCUUUCAUUGAUCAGCGGUGGUCCACUCCAGGCUGGUUUCGUUGACAUCAAAGGAGAAGCUCACAUCCACAUUCUGUACCCAGGAGAUCUCAUCGUAAUUCCUCGCGGGUUGUUGCAUUUUGAAUUAAUUGUUGGUACAGAAACAGCUUUCUACGUUUCUGCUCUGAAUAGCCAAAAUCCAGGCACUCUGGACUCUGCCGGAGCAGUUUUGCAAUUGUCGGAGCGAGCAGCUGCUAUAGCUCUCAAUCAAGAUGUAGAAACAAUUCGAGCCUUGAAAUUAAAGAGGCCGUACAACGAGCCCCCAACUCUGGAGGCCGCUAAGCCAGGAGUGUGUGUGACUGGCCACUUUGUUACGACCGAAGUGUAGAGUGCGUAGACUGUACGAUGCAUGGCUGUGGAAACUGGAAAUUUCGUGCACGAGCCCUUCUAUGCUAAAGGGUUGGAAGUUCCAAUAAUCUCUGCCCUUGUUCA